GGGAUCUACAAGUAUCUCGAGAGAUGUUUUUCAGACUUUAAGCAGAGAGGCUUUGUUGUUGGAUAUGACACACGAGGUCAGGUCACCAGCAACUGCAGCAGUAAGAAACUUGCAAAGCUCACUGCAGCAGUCCUACUGGCUAAAGAUGUUCCUGUAUACUUCUUUUCCACCUAUGUCCCUACACCCUUUGUGCCCUACGCUGUUCAGCAGCUCAAAGCUGUGGCUGGUGUGAUGAUCACAGCAUCCCACAACAGGAAGGAGGACAAUGGAUACAAGGUUUAUUGGGAAAAUGGAGCACAGAUCACCUCUCCUCAUGAUAAGGAAAUUAUAAAAUGUAUAGAAGAGUGCGUUGAACCAUGGAAUGGCUCUUGGAAUGAGAAUCUAGUAGACACUAGUCCCCUUAGACAGGAUCCUCUGAAGAAAAUUUGUGACUGUUACAUGGAGGAUCUGAAAAAGAUCUGUUAUCAUAGGGAACUAAACAUGCAAACAAACUUGAAGUUUGUUCAUACCUCGUUUCAUGGAGUUGGACACGAUUACGUGCAGAUGGCUUUCAAAGCAUUUGGCUUUCAACCUCCCAUUCCAGUACCUGAACAAAAAGAUCCAGAUCCAGACUUCUCAACUGUUAAAUGCCCAAAUCCUGAAGAAGGAGAAUCUGUGCUGGAAUUGUCACUGAGGCUUGCAGAGAAAGAAAAUGCUAAAGUAGUAGUGGCCACUGAUCCAGAUGCAGAUAGACUAGCAGUGGCAGAACAGCAGAAUGGCUGCUGGAAGGUGUUCACUGGUAACGAGCUGGCAGCUUUGUUUGGGUGGUGGAUGUUUUCUUGCUGGAAGGAAAACUGCUCCGAAGAUACUGAUGUCAAGAAUGUUUACAUGUUAGCGACCACAGUCUCCUCGAAAAUUUUGAGGGCAAUUGCACUGAAAGAGGGAUUUCACUUUGAA